AUGAGGCGCACUUCGCUUCUCACCUCGUUGAUGAGCUCUGCGGCCAUUCUACCAUGGCCUGGCUUAGCAAGAGAGGACUGUCCCACCACUGGGCCAGCAGCUGUUCCAACCGCUGUCCAGCCUUUCGAAAUCGUUCAUUGCAUCCCGCUUCAUCUCAGCACUUCUCUCUCUUCCAAUACCGUUUUCACUGUAGCUGGCACAACCGUCAAGGUCACCAAUGCUCCAACUGUGGUUAAUACCGACUUCCUGACCACGAUGACUAUGACGUACAGCUCUGCUGUGGUUACAAACUCUCCCUAUAAUGGCCCUUGUGUCACGGUUACUGCAAACGUUCCUGCAGGAUCCCAGCCGACCACUAUUGUCAUCCCUCCUCAAAGCGGCCAAGCCACUGGCACGAAGUACAUCUGCUCUCCUCUCGAGUCCAGCAAGCCCUGGUUGCCAGGCUCAAACUCUCCCAACGGUGGAAGCUUCACAACAGCCACGGCCCCCUAUCCGGGCUCAACCUUGACGACCUUGACCAUCCCCCCCAGCGGCGGCGACCCUACCGGAACUGUCCUCGUCCUGACCCCUGCGCCUACGCCGAAUGCGGGAAGUCCUCCUUUCAAUGGACCCUACACGACCAUCACAGCUCCCGGUACGGUGUUGACUACUUUGACGUUGCCUCCCUCCGGGACCGAUGGCACUGGCACCCAAAUCGUCUACGUCCCACCGCAGACGGGGGGGCUGGUGACUGCCACGUCGACCGGCUCUCGGCCUGGCCAGACAGGACUCAUCACCAUACCCCCUGGCAAGCCCGGAGACCCAACGACGAUUGUCACGAUUGUUCCUCCUGCUAGCGGUGGCGUCGUGACUUCCACCUCGACCGGUACAACCCCAGGUCAGACGGGGCUGAUUACUCUGCCUCCUGGAAAGCCUGGCGACCCUACCACUGUGGUCACGAUUGUCCCUCCCCCAACAGGAGGCGUAGUCACUUCCACUUCGACUGGUACCAGCCCUGGCCAGACAGGUCUACUGACUCUGCCGCCCGGCAAGCCCGGGGACCCAACUACGGUUGUUACCAUCGUUCCCCCUCCGACUGGCGGGGUUGUGACGUCAACGUCCACCGGCACGCAGCCUGGCCAGACUGGCCUCCUGACAUUGCCUCCCGGAAAGCCUGGAGAUCCUACUACCGUUGUUACUAUUGUGCCGCCUCCUCCCACUGGGGGAGUGGUUACUUCCACCUCAACCGGUACCCGGCCCGGUCAGACUGGUCUGUUGACACUGCCGCCUGGAAAACCUGGCGAUCCUACCACAGUCGUCACCAUCGUCCCACCACCCACCGGAGGUAUAGUCACUUCUACGUCGACUGGUACUCAGCCCGGUCAGACUGGCCUACUCACCCUCACCCCUGGAAAGCCUGGUGAUCCUACUACAGUCGUUACUAUCGUGCCUCCUCCCGGUGGCUUCGUUACUUCUACGUCGACUGGCACUCAGCCAGGCCAAACGGGCCUCCUCACUCUGACCCCUGGAAAGCCUGGUGAUCCUACUACAGUCGUUACCAUCGUCCCACCACCCACCGGAGGUAUAGUCACUUCUACGUCGACUGGCACUCAGCCCGGUCAGACUGGCCUACUCACCCUUACCCCUGGAAAGCCUGGUGACCCUACCACAGUCGUUACCAUCGUGCCUCCUCCCGGUGGCUUCGUCACUACCACUUCUACUGGCACUCAGCCCGGUCAGACUGGCCUCCUUACCCUCACUCCUGGAAAGCCUGGUGACCCUACCACAGUCGUUACCAUCGUGCCUCCUCCUGGUGGCUUCGUCACUACUACUUCCACUGGCACUCAGCCCGGUCAGACCGGUUUAUUGACCUUGACACCAGGCCGACCCGGCGAUCCGACUACCGUGGUCACCAUUGUGCCCCCUCCGGGAGGGUUGACAACUGUCACCUCAACAGGCACGCGGACUAGCGUCACGACUCUCACGCCCGGCCGCCCAGGAGAUCCAACGACUGUGGUUACGUUCGUUCCAUCUCCUACAGGUGGCUUCGUCACAAUCACCUCAACCGGAACAGGAACUGGCCUCAUCACCCAGACUCCCAGCCGCCCAGGCGACCCAACUACCGUCAUCACUAUUGUCCCAACUCCUACAGGUGGCCUCGUCACCAUCACAUCUACUGGAAGUAGCACUGGCCUGAUUACUCAGACUCCCGGUAGGCCUGGAGAUCCAACUACAGUCAUCACUCUGGUGCCAAGUCCUUCUGGCGGGGUGACGACCAUCACCUCAACCGGAACAGGAACUGGGUUGAUCACUCAGACUCCUGGACGACCUGGCGACCCGACUACAGUCAUUACUAUUGUGCCCUCCCCAACUGGGGGCUUCACUACAAUCACCUCCACGGGAACAGGAACUGGCUUGAUCACUCAAACCCCUGGCCGCCCCGGAGAUCCUACCACUGUCAUUACUAUUGUUCCGUCUCCUACUGGAGGUUUCGUCACCAUAACAUCUACCGGAACGGGCACGGGUGUCGUUACUCAAACUCCCGGCCGACCUGGUGACCCAACCACCAUCGUGACUAUUAUCCCGAGCCCCACGGGAGGCAUUCUUACACUUACGUCUACCAGUGGCUCAGUCACUGGCGUCACCACCCAGACUCCGGGUAGACCUGGGGAUCCCACUACUGUCAUCACUUUCGUCCCAACCCCCAUUCCUCGGGUUACUCUCACUCAAACGGGGUCAACUACCGGUCUUACAACCUUGACCCCUGGAAGAGUCGGAGACCCGACUACAGUCAUCACCCUUGUGACCGGCCCUCCAUAUGUGACCGUCACAUCGACGGGAUCCUCAACUGGCCUAUUCACUCAGACUCCUGACAGACCCGGAGACCCGACUACAAUUGUCACCAUUGCGACUGGCCCGCCGCCCGUUACCGUGACAUCCACGGGCAGCACCACCGGAUUGACUACGAUUCCGGGAGGACCUGGAGGACCACCAACUGUGAUUACUUUUGUGCCGACACCACGUGUGACUACGAUCAUUUCAACAGCUAGCACGACCGGCUUGACGACUCUUCCCUACGGCGGUGACUCGGUUUACACAGUAGUGACAUUUGUUACUCCCUCGUCACCGGUCACAGUCACUUCGACUGGAAGCAUUACUGGUCUGACAACCCUUACUCCGGGUCCCAGUGGCGGCCCUCCUACGGUAGUCACCUUUGUCACUACGCCCGUACCAGUUACAGUCACUUCGACUGCAAGCACUACUGGCCUAACAACCCUUACUCCGGGUCCCAGUGGCGGCCCUCCCACGGUUGUCACUUUCGUUACUACACCUGUGCCAGUCACAGUCACUUCGACUGGAAGCGUCACUGGCCUAACGACUCUUACGCCUGGCCCCAGCGGUGGUCCUCCUACGGUUGUCACUUUCGUCACUACGCCCAUACCAGUCACAGUCACUUCGACUGGAAGCGUCACUGGCCUGACUACCCUUACGCCUGGCCCCAGCGGUGGUCCUCCUACGGUUGUCACUUUCGUUACUACGCCCGUGCCAGUCACAGUCACUUCGACUGGAAGCGUCACUGGCCUGACUACCCUUACGCCUGGCCCCAGCGGCGGUCCUCCUACGGUUGUCACUUUCGUCACUACGCCCAUACCAGUCACAGUCACUUCGACUGGAAGCAUUACUGGACUGACUACCCUUACUCCCGGCCCCAGUGGCGGCCCUCCGACUGUCGUGACUUUUGUCACAACCACGGCUCCGAUCCCACCGGUGACCAUCGUUUCGACCGGUUCUACGACCGGUUUGACCACUGUCCCACCGGGUCCCAGCGGCGGCCCUACAACAGUCAUCACGUUUGUCCAGCGUCUAGGCUUCAUCACCACGCUCACUUCGACAGCCACCCAGACUGGAGUAACAACUGUGGUUCCUACAGACCCUGCUGGUACCACCAGUGUCAUCACUUUCGUUCAGCCUCCUACAGGCUUCAUCACAACAGUAACGUCCUCGGCUACACGCACUGGAGCGACCACCAUCAUUCCAUCCGAUCCCGCUGGCACUACCAGCGUCAUCACCUUCGUCCCGAUCACGGGCGGGCUCACAACCAUCACUUCCACAGGUACACAGACGGGAGCUACCACCAUCAUUCCAUCGGAUCCAGCCGGAACUACCAGUGUAAUCACUUUCGUUCCUCCGAUCACGGGUGGCUUAGUAACUCUUACGUCGACUGGUACCCGAACAGGAGUAACUACAAUCGUUCCAACGGAUCCUGCUGGAACCACCAGCGUCAUCACCUUCGUUCCUAUCACCGGUGGUUUGACCACUCUCACGUCGACCGGCACUCAAACAGGAGUCACUACUAUAAUCCCAACAGAUCCUGCUGGAACUACCAGUGUUAUUACCUUCGUUCCUCCGAUCACGGGUGGCUUGACAACUCUCACGUCAACCGGCACCCAGACGGGUGCAACUACAAUCAUUCCAACGGACCCGGCUGGAACUACCAGUGUCAUCACUUUCGUUCCCCCCAUCACGGGUGGUUUGACCACUCUCACAUCGACCGGCACUCAAACAGGAGUCACUACAAUCAUCCCCACGGAUCCCGCCGGAACUACCAGUGUUAUCACUUUUGUUCCCCCUAUCACGGGUGGCUUGACAACUCUUACGUCGACCGGCACCCAGACGGGUGUAACUACUAUUAUCCCUACGGAUCCCGCCGGAACCACUAGUGUCAUCACCUUCGUCCCUCCGAUCACUGGAGGACUUACGACGGUUGUAUCUACAGGCACACAGACUGGCCUCACUACUAUUAUCCCCACGGAUCCUGCUGGCACAACAAGCGUUAUUACUUUUGUGACCCCUAGCAGCACUAGCAGUAGUAGCUCGACCUCAACCACAAUUGCCCCUGGUCCGACCUACAGCUGCGACGCUGGUGGCUACCUGAUCCAGAGCACCACACUCUACCGACUAAACCUCACUACUGGGGUUCAGACCACGGUUUCUACCAAUGUUGGACCUGGUGGUCAGAUCAACGCGAUUGGCUAUAACCCCUUGGAUAACUACAUUUAUGGCAUUACUAAUGUGAACAAUGUGAACCGUAUAAUCCGCAUCGCAAGCAACGGCCAAGCGGUUCUCAUUGGCCCAGAUCUUCCAACUGGAUACUACAACGUUGGAGAAAUCGACACACUCGGACGGUACUACAUCAGCGUUAGCGGUGGAGCCUGGGCACAAAUCGACAUGAACCCCAACUCGGCGACCUUCACGCAGAUCAUCGCCACUGGUACUAGUACUAUCGCCAAUGGCGUAUCAGACUGGGUUUAUGUACCCGGAGGUGGCGAUUAUCUCUACAGUAUCACAGGAGUCGACGCCAACGGUCGAUUCUCAUUGGCGAGAUGGAGUCGGACUACUCAUGACUGGUCAAUUGUACGGACAUACACGCGGAUCAAUGGCAACGAAGUGUUUGGAGCGCUUUAUGCCUCGAGCGGCAACACGUUCUACGGCUCCGAAAACAACAGCGGAAAUAUUUAUAAUUUCAACGUCAACUCUGGUCAGCCAACCUUGGUCUCCGAUGGUCCUGUUUCGGGAGUCAACGAUGGAGCUCGCUGCGUAUAUGCAGCAGAUCCAUCCAUUCUCACCACUUCCACAAGUUCUACCAUGACCAGCACGACCUCGUCAUCGACGAGCAGUUCCACUUCAGCCACCCCGACUUGUACUUCCGGACUGAACUGGGCGUACUACGACUUCAACCAGUCGCCUAGCAACACCACCAGCUACCCAGGACAGAUUCCCUUCCACGUCGUGGCUUCGGGCGACGCCUGGGCGGACACAUACAACAACGUGCGUACCGUUCUUUCAGGACAGAGCCCUCAGACCACCGGGGUGACGAAUCUCGUUGGUACCACAUUUGGCGGCAACUGCGCCGAGACUACAGAUCCAACACCCGUCGUUUAUGGCACAACAGUCAACGGCGGCUCGAGAUACUGGUACAUCCAGCAGACGGGCUACUUCCAUCCCAACGUAUCCGGCACGUAUACUUUUGCCUUUGGUACGGCAGAUGAAGGUGGGUACGUCUGGAUUGGUGACAAGGCGGUGACCGGUUUUACAAACGCCAAUGCCGACCUCACUCGAUACACCCAACAGCCCGCAACCGUCCCCACAUUCACGUUCACAGCCGUGGCGGGUCAAUAUUACCCCAUCAGGUUCCUCUAUGUAAACGCCCAGGGCUGCUACCAGCACUCUUUGACCGUUACAAAUCCAAGUGGCGCCGUUGUUGCGUCGCAAACCGUACCGGCGACGAAUAACAUCUUCGUGCCUGGCGGCUGCGGUAACGCGCCCGCACAGUUCGACAUCACGCCUCCUGGUACUUCGACUACCACUCCGACUGUGACGACGUCUCCGACUUCGUCGACUUCUACCACCAGUCCUGCCACUACAUCGACUGAUACUUUGACUUCGUCCACCACUGCUGCCCCGACUACAACUGACACCUCCACCACGUCCAGCUCGACGACUUCGUCCUCGACUUCUUGCGUGGUCUCCUUGACGAGCACGGCCUCGGCCGCCGCCCCGGCGGGUGCCACAGCCCAAGUAGUUGUUCCUGCCUGCGCCACUGUCAUGCGAUUCACCGUCCUCGGUGGCGGCGGUGGUGGCGGCGGUGCUGGUGCAUCGAUCAACGGCUCCAUCGCUGUUACCCCAGGCGAAACUGUUUUGCUGCUCGCUGGCGGCGCUGGUACGAGAGUCAAUGCCGUUGGUGCUGCUGGCCAGAGUCAGUACGGCAACGGUGGAUCUGCCUCCAAUAAUGGUGGUGGAGGUGGCGGCGCUUCCGCUCUCUACCUCGGCCAGAACCUUCUUGCGGUCGCUGGCGGAGGCGGCGGCGGGUCCAUCGUGGUAUCCAACAACGGCCAAGGAGCUUUUGAACUAAACUACAACUACAUUGGCGGAACAAGUAACGCCGGUGACAAGGGUUCUUCCUACAAUAUCACGCUGCCGAGCGGUACCGUCACGUCCACAUCCAACGGAGGAGCUCCGGGCACUCAGAUUCUCGCCGGAGCCGGUGGUACGUGGACAGGCUUGGGAACGUCGGCAAACGGAAAUGCCGGAAGCGGAUCCGUUGGCGGAAACGGUAUUGCCGGCGCGGGCGGCAGCUUCAACGAUGGCUCUGGCGGCGGCGGCGGUGGUUACCGCGGUGGAGGUAGCGGAGCCACUGGCUACUAUUCGGUGGGCUCAACAGUCCAGCGUAUGCCGGCCGGUGGUGGCGGUGGUUCCAGCUUCGUGGACGCCUCGGUUUCGGACUCGUUCCAAGGCCUCGCCGCUUCAACUGCCCCCGGUAGAGUUGUCGUAUCCUUUGCCUAG